AUGAGCAACGAAGAUUUAUUGACGAAAUUUGACGGGUUAGUGAAGCGAUUUAAGAAUGAAUUUGACGAAAUUAUCGAAGCUGAGAGAGUCAAGAUGAACGCGGAAGUCGAAGCGUUUAACGAAGAGAAGAAACGAAUGCAAGCCUUCGUAGUCAGAGACGAUGAUAUCAUUCAUCUGAACGUUGGUGGACAAAAGUUUAAAACAAAAAGAUCAACUCUCUGUCAGAUUGAAGGUUCCUUGCUCGCUGCAAUGUUUAGCGGUCGCUGGGAAGAUGGUGUCGAGCGUGAUCAAGAUGGCGCUGUAUUCUUUGAUUUUAAUCCACAACAUUUUGCUUAUAUUUUGGAUUAUUUAAGGGAAAAGAAAAUUACAAGCGGCAAAAAACCCGCAUCGUUACCUGACUUCCCAGAAAGUCAAAUGAAGUGGUUUUCCAGUUUGGUCGAUUAUCUUGGGUUGAGUGAUGAAAUCUUUCCAACUGAGAUUGUGUCUGACGAGAAAUUCAACUUGCACUGCCCAGGAUUGACUCUUCAGGAAGACGGGAAAGUCGCAGUUCAUUGUGGAGCACGGGAACACAAAUAUGUUCUUGGUGAAAAUAUUUACCAACAAGGAAUUGUGAAUCUCAAGUUGAAGUUGGAGUCGUUUAAAGAUAAUGAUUGGAUGUUCAUUGGAAUAGUUAAAGGAGAUUUCGUACCACCUGAUAGAAGUUCAUAUAUAUGGCGUGGUUCAUAUGGCUGGGCACUCGGGUCUGAUGGUUAUCAAGGAGCAUGGGAAGAAGGUUCACGUACUUAUUACAAUACUUUAGUAAAUCUGACCAAACAAGGUGACGAGGUUAAGUUAAUCCUAGAUUUUGACGCAGAUAAAAUGUCGCUACAUUUGCCCAGUGGUCAUGAAUUUCACAUCCAUAUUCCGAAGAACAACACCUGGAGACUGAAUGUUGAUAUGACAGGUGCGAAUGACAAAAUACGUAUUAUUAAUGAAUAG